GACGUAUGGGUCAUGUGAUGUUUGUGGCCCGCAGAGGAGCUAACGGAGCCGCGCUCACGGACGCUCGCAGAGGCGGUCAUGUCGGUCCCAGUGGGCUUUAAUUCUUGAAAAAGUCCGCGGAGGAUCAGCUGCUGAACGGCGAACACGCGCUUACAGAGACUCGGGAGCGUACCGCGCGUGGAUCAGCACCGGGACCGCGCGGCUCACAUUAGCCGGCCUAGCCGGACCUGCGAGCCCGUCUCCCAAAACAAGAAUGGGGUCUGGCUGUGCGCGGGUUCGCCUGCUGGGAAAGUGACCUUUGCUUUCUGUGAUGGAUCUAACGAACCACCCGGAAGGGGGGGGCGCCGUGAUGAUGAUGGAGGCCCCGCAGGGGGAGCCGGGGAGGAGAGCCGCAGACACCAACGGAGCGGGCUCGGUCCGGGAACCCCCGUCCCCGGUAAUCGGCACCGGCUCCCGUUUCCACCCCCACCACCACAGCCUGCAGCAGCCCCCCCGGGAGCCGCAGCCGCAUCUUUUCGGGGAGAAGAGCACCGACUCCCCGGCCCGGAGAGGCUGCCCGCUCCCCGCCGCCGAGGAGGGGACCCCCGCGGGCGGCGGUGCCCCGGUGGUGGUCGCGAGCGCCACGGACGCGGUGGAAGACAUCCGGAAAUGCGGCUACCUGAGGAAGCAGAAGCACGGACACAAGCGGUUCUUCGUACUCCGGGCCGCCGGGCCGCUCGGCCCCAGCCGCCUGGAGUACUACGACAGCGAGAAGAAGUUCCGGAGCAGCCUCCGCAGCGCCGCCGCCGCGGGGGCCCCCGGAGCAGCCGCGGCCGCAGCGCCUUCCCCCCCGAAGAGAGUGAUCUACCUGUCCCAGUGCUUCACGGUCAACAAGCGCGCGGACUCCAAGAACAAAUACCUGAUCGCGCUCUACACCAAGGACGAGUACUUCGCCAUCGUGGCCGACAGCGAGCAGGAGCAGGAGGACUGGUACGUGGCCGUGAGCGCGCUGAUGAGUGAAGGCAAGCGCGGCCAUGUGGACUCUGAUGACCUGGAUGAUGGGUACGGUACCGUCAGCCCCGGUACCGUGUUCAAGGAGGUGUGGCAGGUCAAUGUCAAACCCAAAGGACUGGGUCAGACGAAGAACCUGACCGGCGUGUACCGUCUGUGCCUCUCUGCCAAAACCGUCCACCUGGUGAAGCUGAACUCAGACAACCCCUGUGUCAACCUGCAGCUGAUGAACAUCAGGCGCUGUGGACAUUCAGAGAGCUUCUUCUUCAUCGAGGUGGGCCGCUCCUCUUCAAUCGGACCCGGGGAGAUCUGGAUGCAGGUGGACGAUUCGGUUGUGGCCCAGAGCAUGCACGAGACCAUCCUGGAGACCAUGAAGGCCCUGAAGGCUUUCGCCGAGUUCCGGCCCAGGAGCAAGAGCCAGUCUUCGAGCUCCAACCCCAUGCCCUUCAUCACCACACGCCGCCACCUGGGCAACCUGCCUCCAAGCCAGACCGGUCUCCAGCGCCGAUCCAGAACAGAGUCUGUGGUUGGGACGCCUCCAUCCAGUAAGAGUUCUGGGGCGAGCGGCUACCGCUUCCGGACCUCCAGUGAGGGGGAGGGAACCAUGAACCGGCCGUUCCGCUCGGCCACGGGGAGCCUGGUGCAUCUGAACUCUGCGCGGGCCCUUCACGGGCGCCAGGAAGGCGGCGGCGGCGUCUCUGGAAGCAGCGGGGCCGCAGGAAGUUCUGGCACCAGCAGCGGGCGCUACAUGAAGGCCGUCUCCGGGACGUCCUCCGCCUACCACGCCCGCUCAUCCUCCCUACCUGUCUCCCACUUCCCCUCCACCAGCAGCCCGGUCAGCGUGUCCUCCAGCAGCGGCCACGGCUCCGUGUCCGACACGCUCACCCGCCCAUCCAGCGCCUCCAUAUGCGGCUCACCGUCCGACGGGGGCUUCAACUCCUCAGAUGAGUACGGCUCCAGUCCGGGGGACUUUCGGUACUUUAGGGUGAGGAGUAACACGCCCGAUUCUCUGGGCAACACCCCCCCAAUCAGAGAGGAGAGCUGUCUCAAUGAUUACAUGGCCAUGGGCUGGAACCGGGAUGUUUUUGGCGGCGGGGGCGAUGCCUCCCGCGAGGAGAGCACGUCGACAACCGAAGACGAUCGCCUGUCCUCCUCGUCUCUGAGGAGGAGGACGCACUCUUUCUCUAGAUCUGCAGGGGGGGCGACCGGAGGCUGUGGGGUGGCUGUCUAUCAGAAGAUGACCCAGACCAACCUCUCGUUGGAUGAGGGCUCGGAUGUGGCGCUGCCCUUUGGCGCCGGGCUGCUCCGGGGAGGGCCCUCCUCCUCCACGUCCUCGCUGCGCUCCGACUACAGCUCCUGUUCGGAGCACAGCCAGCAGAGCCGGCCCUCCACCCUCCCCAGGACUGAGGCUGCCGCCGAGCGCCCCCCCCUCUGCGCCAAGGAGGAUAGCGGUUACAUGCCCAUGAUGUGCGGCGUCGCUGCGUCGCCACGGGACACCCCCCCUGACUACAUGCCUAUGCAACCCAGUUCUUACCCCCAACACAACUCCCAGUCCCCCCAGUUUCACAGCCGUUCACCCCACCGCCCCCCUCAGCCGCCCCCCUCUACAGACUCUCAUGGCUACAUGAUGAUGCUCCCCGGGGGCGGGGCCUGCUCCUCGUCGGCGCUGCCGGCCUCUCCCAGUCCUCCCGGUGCAUCUGGAAGCUGCAGAAGAGGGGAGGGCGAGAACGGCGAGUACAUGGACAUGUCGUACAGCAGCGGGCACAGGCUCUCAAGUGCAGGUGGCCCCCCCGAGGUCGCCCCCAAGUCUUACAGCCCCUACUUCUCCCUCCCACGGUCCUAUAAGACCCCCACCAGAGACCGGGAGGACGGGGAGUAUGUGCCCAUGAGCUCCCCUGCCAAGCCGGUGUCCAUACAGGAAAAGAGGGUGGUGGGGGGUUGUAGCACCUCCACCCCCUCUCACCCCCCACCACCUUACGGCGCUCACCACACAACCACGGCGCCAGCUGAGCGGCGCGUCCUGCGGCCCACCCGCCUGCCUCUCAGCAGGAGGAGUGUCCACGGCCCGCUCCAGGCGACUGAGGCCUCCACCUCAGUGGCGCCCCCCAGCUACUCUGAGGGCCCUUCCAGUCCUGGGGAGUACAUCAACAUCGAGUUUGGAGAUCAGUUUCCUCACCAACAGCAGCCUCCUGCCUAUCCUCUCUCUGCCCCAGACGAAGAGACCCCCCUUGGACCCAUCAACCGCUGCUGCUCGCCCCCCCACCCCCAGGACUACAUGAGUGUGGAGGUGGGGGGUCUGGGAAAGAACCAGUCACCCAGGCCUAGCCUUGUUGCCCCAUGGAACCCCCCCAGCUAUAUCAGACCUUUAGCUAGCAACACAGGAACGCAUGGUGGGGGGCACUGGAAGUCAGUGGGAGAAGAUUACACUGACAUGACCUUUAACCUCAGCGGGGGUGGGAAAGCCCAGAGCCCAACAGCUAUGCUGCAGCAUCUCUGCGUGAUGGAGGGACAUUACAACCACGGUUUCUCCUCACCCGCUUCUAACCGGGCACCCGCACAGGAGCCCAAAGUGGUACGAGCUGACCCCCAGGGCAGAAGAAGACACAGUUCGGAGACGUUCUCUUCCAGUUCCACCCCCGCAGGAGAAGGGCUCGACUCCUCUCCCCCCCACCCCUCACAGGCUGACCCCACAGCCCACUGUGAGUCUUACCUGGUGGGGGGACAAGCUUCCAGAUGGGCCAACUCGGCCUCCUUUGACUGCGUGUGGAUGUCCGUGGAGGGGGUCAGAGACUCGCCACCCCACCAUGCAUCGCCAAGACCCACAGAGGUCGGGCCCCCUUCUUCCUCCACGGAGGCCAGAUCCGGCAGAAUGUGCAGGAACGCGUCUGCCGGCUUCCAGAACGGACUCAACUACAUUGCCUUGGAGUUAAGGGAGGAGGGGGCAAACGCGGAGACCGCGGCGUCUGGAGCGACCGGCACCAACGGGGCCGCAGCUGGAGAGGGAGCGGCGUCUGAGAACGGAGCCUAUGCCAGUAUAGACUUCACCAAAACGGAUGGAGUCGCAGCUGCCAAGGACUGAGCCACAGGGGGGCGCUGUGUGCUCCACCUCCCUCCAGCCAUCACCGGGACCUCCGAUCCCGCCUUCAUCAUCCUCACCUCGCCAGUGACCUCUGCCUCCCCCUCCCUCCUCCUCCCCCACGGGAGGACCUGCUGCCUCGUCGAGACAAGAGGAACGUUUGCUGUUCAUUUCUUUUUAGUGUUUUUCUUUAGUUUCUUAUUUUAAAGACCCCACCCCCCCUCCACUGCUAACAGCCAGGUGAGACUGGGGGUGGGGGUGGGGGGGUAGCAUAAUUGCAAAUUAUAUUUUUAUUUGACCCCCCCCUUAACAAAAAGGGAUGUUGAGGAAAGGCUGCAGCCUUCCAUGCAUUCGUUUUCUUAAAUCUUCAUUUUCAUGGUUUUCAUUUCAAUGUAAAGAAACUAUACACAACAGCUGCGGUACGUCCGUCAUUUAUUUGUGACUGCAGGUACGAGGGGGGUCGACUGACGGUACUGAAGGUUCUGGCCUUCUUAAGCCUCUGAUGGUGCUCAACGAGGGGGGGUCGGAACAGUGACCCCGCCCCCCCACGUCUAAGGUCCGAACACACAAUGGUACCACUACCUGUUCAGAAUCAGGCUGCUGAUCCCGAUGCGUUUACAUCAACUUGCUGAACCUCUGACCCAGAUGGUUCUGGUUCUCCUCUCAAUUAAUCUGCCCCCCCACCCAGAUCAGUAUGUGAUGAUACAGCUGUGGGUCAGACACCCCCCUUAUGAUAUUACUGUGGGUGUUAGCCCCUCCCACUAAAGCCUGGUCCCUCACUUCCCAAGCUGCCUCCCCCCCAUGCAGCUUCUGUCCCUGCCAGGUUCUGUUCAGGUUUUGGCUGCUGUGAAACGAUGGUUUCCUGUCAUUUUUUUUUUAUUGUGGGGGGGGUAUGUGUUUUUUUUUUUUUUUCUUCAUGCGGUACUUUCAGAAACCUGUAAAUAAGAAGUCAUUGCCUCUCCCUGUUCUGAUUAAGCUCCGCCCCCAUUCUGUUGCUGUUCUGUUUGGUUUCCUCAUGGAGGGAGGGGGGGGCAAGAGGCCAUCUGCAUAGUGUUUAUAUUUAUCUAAACUUUUGCUUUGGAUAGAGCUAUUGCAAUAAAAUGUGUUCAUGUAAACGCUC